AUGGGUUCAUCUUCAAGUUGCUGUACUGGAGAGAAGGUUGAUGAGGGUGGAGGAUUUUCACCAAAUGUGGGUGCCCAUGGUUGGAGGAUAUUCACGUACAAGGAACUGAAUGCUGCGACAAAUGGAUUCAGUGAAGAUAACAAGCUUGGGGAAGGAGGCUUUGGCAGUGUUUACUGGGGAAAAACCUCUGAUGGUCUUCAGAUUGCUGUGAAAAAGUUAAAAGCUAUGAACUUAAAGGCGGAGAUGGAAUUUGCUGUGGAAGUUGAAGUUCUUGGACGAGUUCGGCACAAAAACCUGCUUGGUCUUAGGGGUUACUGUGCCGGAAUAGACCAACGACUUAUAGUUUAUGAUUACAUGCCAAAUCUUAGCUUGCUAUCUCAUCUACAUGGCCAGUUUGCAAGUGAAGUUCAACUGGACUGGAAAAAGAGAAUGAAUGUGAUUAUUGGUUCGGCAGAAGGCCUUUUGUACCUGCACCAAGAAGUGACACCCCAUAUAAUUCACAGAGACAUAAAAGCUAGUAAUGUACUCUUAGAUUCAAAUUUCGAUCCGUUAGUAGCUGAUUUUGGGUUUGCCAAGUUAAUCCCGGAUGGUGUUAGUCACAUGACAACUCGAGUCAAAGGUACACUAGGUUAUCUAGCACCGGAAUACGCAAUGUUUGGUAGAGUAUCCGAGAGCUGUGAUGUCUACAGUUUUGGUAUCCUUCUACUGGAGAUUCUCACAGGAAGAAUGCCCAUAGAGAAAUUGCCUGGAGGAGUAAAGAGAACCAUCACGGAAUGGGCUGAACCGUAUAUAAUGAAAGGAAGGUUUAAAGACUUGGCUGAUCCAAAAUUACGUGGGAAUUUCGAUAUAAACCAAUUGAAACAAGCGAUAAAUGUCGCAGCAUUGUGCGUUCAAACUGACCCCGAGAAUCGACCUAAUAUGAAAGAAGUUGUCAAGUUUCUUAAGGGUUCUGAUGGAAGAGAUAAACUAUUGGAAAUGAGAAUUGAUAGUGUCAAGUAUAGAGAUGAUUUAAUGGCUAUAGAUCAAGGAACUACUGAUGAUGAUAACGACAAUGACAAUGUAAAACGAAGAGGCAAAGUUCUUGAAGACGAAAGCGAUGGCUAUGGUGUUUUUGGUGCAAUGGAGAUACAAAAGAUGAACGAUCCUUACGUGAGGAAAAACGAUGGAAGUAAAAGGAGAUUUGGGUGA